GACGCUGUAUGUACGACGUCGGCUGCGUUUCCCAUCAUUCACGUUUUCUUUCUCUUUGCACAAACAUGGAUGCCGAAGAGGGAAGAGAGAAUGAAAGAGUCAACCUUGCAGAUGAUCCUUCCAACAGAGCGAUGGUCCAGAUGGAUCUUCAUCUUCUUCCUCCCGAGAUUCUGCUCGAAAUCCUAUCAAGACUUCCGAUCAAAUCUCUGAUCGACUUCAAGAUCACUUCCCAUGCGGGCUAUAAUUUAAUUGCCGAUCCAAGUCUCCCUCUGAUGUUCCGUGAUCGGGUAAGCGACUCAGACCCAUGUCUGAUUCUGUUCAACUAUAAUUCCCCUAUCUCCCGGCGACUCUAUUUUUUGGAUAGUGAAGAUUGGAGUAGAGGGGUUAGAAAUAUCGACCCACCACAGCAUUCGGAAGUUUAUAAUCUGGUGGGUUCUUGUAACGGGCUGUUAUGCUUAUCCUUUCCCAUAAUCGUUGGUUCAUCGGUGUCUCACAGGCUGCUAAUUUACAAUCCUUUUGUUGGAGAUGCUGUGAGAGUCCCACCAGCGAACCCUUUUCCAAAUCAAAGUGAAGUUUUUGGAUUUGGGUUUCAUCCGAGGACAGGAGAAUUCAAAGUGGUCAGGAUUGUGAGGUACGACAAGAUCGUGGCGGUAGCAAACCUGAAUGUAUUCACAACCGUUCGUGAAUCAAUGGUUCAGGUGUUUACCGUAGGAAAAAUAGAAUGGAGAAACAAAGGAGCCCCGCCUCCGCCUCCACGGUUCACCGUCGCGGUUCGAAACAGACCAGCUGAGGCUCUAGUAGAAGGAUCUCUCAAUUGGGUGAUUGUUGGUGCGAGGGAUAGAAUCUCUCGUAUUAUCUCCUUCGAGCUUGCAGAUGAGGUGUUUGUGGAAAUUCCGCGCCCACCUUGUCAACGAUUUGCGUCACUUGACUACAGUCUUUCCGUUCUCAAUGGGUGUCUAUCUGCAACUGGGUUAGUUAAUGCUGUGCAAUUUGAUAUCUGGGUGAUGAAGCAAUACCAUGUUGAGGAAUCUUGGGUAAAACAGUUCUCCUUUGAUCCCUAUUUUCCUGGUGCAUGGCCAAGCUUCUUGAGAAGAGUUCCCAAAGUUAUAUGUGCACUGAAGAAUGACGAGAUUCUGUUGCGUUAUGAUGACAAUUCUCUGGUUUCUUAUGAUCCUGUGGAAAAAAGAUUCAAGACUCUUCAAAUAAGUGGGUUACCCAAUUAUUUCCAGGCACUUCCUUUUCUACCUUCUCUUUUCUCAGCAAAGGCAACCAUGAAUUUGCAACUUUAACACUCUCUCUUGAAUCAACCCUUUUCCUGUAAGACUCUACUACUAGUUUUCAGUUUGUGUUGAAUCUUUGAUCAUCAAUGCAUCAGCAACAGUUGUGUUAUUUACAUCAUCAUGGAUAAUCUCUGUUGUAUGGCAAUGAGAUCAACCUGACUAUUAUCUGCCUUUUUCUCGAAAAGCAGUUCUGAAGAACGGGGAGAUUGUGUUGCAGUGUAACAGGUGUCAUAAUGCUUUUCUUGGAAUGGUGAUUGAAGAUUUUGCUUCAAUCUGGGUGGGAAGAUUCAUAAGAGUUUUAUGUGUCCUGAAGAACGGGAAGAUUGUGUUGGAGUGUAACAGGAAAGCUCUGGUUUCUUAUGAUCCUAGAACUAACAGGUUCAAGGCACUAAAGAUCAACCGGCUCCCGUAGCAGUUCCAAGCUUUUGCUUUUCAGCAUACUCUGUUCUCAGUAAAGGAAAGGUUUUUCUUCUUUUUAUUCAAUACCUGAAAGCUACAAAGCCAUGGAUCUGAAUCCUGAGAAGGGAAGUAAGAGGAAGAAAGCCACCCUUCCAAUGGAAGAUCUGCCUGGAAAAGGGAUGGAUGGAUCUUCUUCCCUCAAAAGUUAUCAUCGACAUUCUGUCGAGACUACCCAUCACCUCCCUUGCUCAGUUCAAGUCUCAGUGAUCAUAUUAUAUCUUUU